GCGGCGGCGGCGGCGGCCCAGGCCUGCCGAGCGCAGGCGGCCCAGAUUUUGAGCGCGUUCUGGACUCCGGGACGCCGCGGACGGAGCCGCCGGGGAGCCCGGGAGUGCUGCAGUUUGCUGCCCCUCUCCGCAGGGGUGCCGCGGUGCGCAGCCCGCCCAUCUUCCCACCUGGGCUCCUUCCUCCCAUCCUUGCCUGGCGGAUAAAACGCGCGUCCUUGGCCUCCGCAGGUCCUUGCGUCCCCUAUCCCCCGUCCAGCCCUUCCCCGCAGUCCUCCGGCGCUUUCCUCCCCCGGCUCUGGGACCUCUCAUUCAUUCCGUCCGCUCCCUCCCUUUCCUCCUUCCCUCUCCGUUCCUCUCCCCUAGAACCUCCCCGCGCUGACCCCGUUGCGGUCUCGGGGUUCUCAGCCCAUUCAUGGAAGUUUAGGGCCUGGACGGUGCCCACAAGUCCGGCCGGAGAGCGCAGCCGGAGCUGCUGUGCGGGAAGAGGAAGAUGUCGGUGCUCAGGCGGAUAAUGCGGGUCUCCAAUCGCUCUCUCCUCGCCUUCAUCUUCUUCUUCUCCCUGUCCUCAUCUUGUCUCUACUUCAUCUAUGUGGCUCCGGGCAUCGCCAACACAUAUCUCUUUAUGGUACAAGCUCGAGGAAUGAUGUUGAGAGAAAACGUGAAAACAAUAGGGCAUAUGAUCAGGCUCUACACAAAUAAAAACACUACCCUCAACGGUACAGAUUAUCCUGAAGGCAAUAAUUCAAGUGAUUAUCUUGUUCAAACAACAACAUACCUUCCGGAAAACUUCACAUAUUCACCAUACCUCCCCUGCCCAGAAAAACUGCCUUACAUGCGAGGAUUUCUCAAUGUCAAUGUAAGUGAAGUCAGUUUUGAUGAAAUUCAUCAACUCUUCUCCAAGGAUUUAGAUAUUGAGCCAGGAGGUCACUGGAGACCUAAAGACUGUAAACCCAGAUGGAAGGUGGCCGUUCUCAUUCCUUUCCGUAAUCGCCAUGAACAUCUUCCAAUUUUUUUCUUGCAUCUGAUUCCAAUGCUCCAGAAACAGCGGCUGGAAUUUGCUUUUUAUGUCAUUGAACAGACCGGCACACAGCCGUUUAACCGCGCGAUGCUCUUCAACGUGGGCUUCAAAGAGGCCAUGAAAGACGGCGUGUGGGACUGCGUCAUCUUCCACGAUGUGGACCACCUACCCGAAAAUGACCGGAACUAUUAUGGGUGUGGAGAAAUGCCACGUCACUUUGCAGCAAAGCUGGAUAAAUACAUGUAUAUUCUUCCGUAUAAAGAGUUUUUUGGUGGUGUGAGUGGACUGACUGUGGAGCAGUUUAGAAAGAUCAAUGGUUUUCCUAAUGCCUUCUGGGGAUGGGGAGGAGAAGAUGAUGACCUUUGGAACAGAGUUCACUAUGCUGGAUAUAAUGUAACAAGACCAGAGGGAGACUUGGGAAAAUACAAAUCUAUUCCUCAUCAUCAUCGAGGUGAAGUCCAGUUUUUAGGACGGUAUAAAUUGCUAAGGUAUUCAAAAGAGCGCCAGUACAUUGACGGGCUGAACAAUUUAAUAUAUGUGCCGAAAGUGCUGGUUGAUAGGUUGUACACAAACAUAUCUGUAAACCUUAUGCCAGAGUUAGCUCCAAUUGAAGACUAUUGAAGAAGUCGCUCUCAUGGUGAGAUGGACCUCAGUGCUGGACCCUAAACUUGGAGUGUGCUCUUAAUAGAAGUCAGCGAGUGGAUAGCCAGCAGUCCUCAGCGAUUACUCUGUGGGAUUAUCUACAGUCAGCCUGCUUCCUCCUGCCCUCUGUCAGAGACACACCCCCAUGGCCAGUGCUGCAGAGAUCAGAAGCUGUGGAAGUUAAGAGCUCCCUGUAAAGAAAACAUUUUUAUACUGAAAUCUAUAAUUUAAUUCAAGAGAAUGCUUUAUUUCUGUUGAAACAUAUUUUGUACAUAUGUGAUGUAAAUUAAUGUGUUUAAAUUGUUGAAAAAUAAGAUGCGUUACCGUUACAGUUUUGCAUGUAAUUGGUUAUGCCUUUAUUGGACUUUUAUAGACCUUUUUUUAUUUGCAUGGAAAAAAAACAAUGUAAAUUUAUGUCACUAAUAAAAGGUUAACCCUUGUGUGAAAUGAAGGAACUGUCAAUAAUUGACAGCCAACUAACACAGUAAACUGUUAUACUAGUUUUGAGCUUUAGACCUCCAGCCUUCUGUGUGGAAGAAGGCACAGCUUUCGUAGGGUCCUAAAGGGUAGAAGGAGCAGCUUAGACAGCUUUUUUCCUGCCAGGAUUACCUAUAAUUUUCCUGCUUGCGAUCUCAUCAGAUUUUGCUAAAUCACAACCAUGAUGUUUAUGCAUAUUGCAUGGGUAUUACCAAGAAAAUCUUAAAAGUUGUGAUGUGACAUGAUAUAAAGGACCUCUUCAUGUUACAUGUCUUUCCUGUACCUCUGGUGUAAGUGUCAGGGAUUUCGUGCCUCAGAAAAUGUCCCUAAGGUUGUGUGUGUCCGUACACUGUUUUUUGUUUGUAUGUUUGUUUGUUUGUUUUAAUAGUGAACAGCACUUUUAUUCUUUUGAGUUCAGAAGAGCCAAACAUUUUUUAUUUAAAAAAAUAUCAGAACAAUUUUUUAGAAGAAUGAGUUAUAUGGAAAACCCAAUAGUACUUAUAAUAUACAAAUGAAUUAUACUGUUAGAUAAGAAAUUAAAUGUUCUAUUUUUUAUGAAGAUAAAUGCUUAGUAGAUAAAAAUAAAUUUUACGUUCAACUCUCAGACUCAUAGAAUUUCAAGUUUGGAAGGGACUCUUUUUAAUGGUGGCCAAUUUCAUUCAAACUCUAUUUUUUUCACUUUUAAGAAAGUAUAUUGCUCGUGUUAAUUAUUAAAAUUUCCUCACUAAAGCAUAGUUUAAUAGAAGUAUAUUAUAACACAUGAUCAGUUAUUUAAAUACAUUGAUGUCACCAGGCACUUCUCGGAAAACAGGUCUUAACCACCUGACAUCAAGUAUAUUACUUUAUCUUAAAUUUGGAUGAAGUUUUUAUGGCAAAAUCAAACAAUAUUUUUACUUUAAAAAUUAUCAAUUAUUGUUGCCCAAAGAUUCUUCAAAAUAUCUUAAGGUAUUUUCACAAAUUUAAAAUGAAAAACCGUGUAUCUAUAUAGUGAAUCUUCAGUAACAGUGAAGAACAAUAAGAAGCUGUAUCCAAGAGAUGUUCGGAUGACAUUCGCCUCACGGAUUGUUCACCUGAAACAGAAAUACGGUUAUUUAUCUCAGGUCGUAAGUUUAGUUUUUGAAGUUGGCAUUUUCUAUGACAAUAUUGGUAACACAAAUGACCACAAAACAAAUCACAAAAUAAUGAAAUUCUUGUACUUUGAGAAAACUGAUAGCUUUCUGUUAUGUUACCAAACAGAAUUUUUCCACAUUUUUUUCUUAGAAACACUUCCAAAAUAUUCGUCUCUACUGUUUUUUGCUUAUACUGAAAAUAAUGAAAAAUCAAACCUGAAAAGUAAAUUUGUUCUUAGUUUGUCCAUUUUCUGUCUCUCAUAGUCAAUGUAAUUUUUAAAUUCAGUGUAAUGAAAGAAAGCCAGUUGGGAAAGUUACCAUUUGUUGUUCACUAAUAAGGUAGUAGGGGCAUAGGAGCAUAAUUAAUUCAUGAAAUAAUUAACCAUUUUAGUUGUGGGAAAAUUAGGGCUGUUUCUGAAUUUUAUUAGGAAAACAUUUUUUUAAUGUGGAUGUGCCCACACUUUGGGAUCUUUUCAUUUUGAUAUACAUUGUACAAUUUUAGAAUAACUCAGUUCUACUAGUAUCUGCCUUAUUUUUUUGGAUUAAGUCUAAUAGUAAUUUUUGUUUGGGGAAUGGGCCAUGAGUAUUUUGCUUUUUUUUCAGUUUUGAGUGUUGUAUGUCAUUCUGUGAAAAUCAUCUUAUUAGAUUUUUUGGGGUUUUUUUUGUUGAUUGUUUUGUUUUUAACUGCAGACUUAAAAUUGAAUUUUGCCUGUAGUGACUUACAUGUUUCAAUAACUGUGACAGAGUUUUGCCUAAUUAUGUUUAUUAUGUGAAAAUAAAUCUAUUUCAUAAAAACUAACAAGUAUAUUGGAAAUUCAAACUAUCUUUUUAUAGCUUUGUUUAGUGGGUAUAUUAGUGAACAUGUAUUUUUGCCUACUCCAUCAGGUGCCAUGCGAGAUAUGUCUGUGGAAAAAGUAUUACUUCAUUUCUAAACAAAUCAAGUCAAGCAAGUGGAAACCUUUCUAAAAUUAUGAAGACAUCCUCUGAUAACUUAUUCAUUGUGUUUUCUAGUCUCAAAAUCAAGAGACAUACAUAGUGGACAUGGAGUUAUUAUAAGGUCCCUAUGGCACUACUGGCAAAGUUAUGUAGUGCCUUUCAGUUCAGAAAGUAAUAGUAAUGAUUAGUGGGCCUAUUUGUAGAAAAAGAGAAAGUGUUCCUAUUUGCAUUAAUAUUAUGUCUAAUUUGUAGUAGUGAUAGUCAUUAAAAUCUUUGCGAAAAACUAGGGUUUAAUGAAUAUUUUUUUAAAUCUCAAUUUAAAUUUCUGAUUUAGUUUGUGAAAAGGUAUUCUGUAAGGAAACCUUGCUUACAAUAUUAUGUAAGUACAAAAUUACAUAUUACAAACUUGCUUAUACUUAUUUUCCAGCCAAGAGAUUGUUAUCUACUUUAAAACAAAAUGGAAAAAUAUGUAAUACAGUAUUCUCCCUUCUUUGGAGGCUCCCCAUGAGUAAAAGCAGAUUUCGUGUCAUUUUAUUAGGCAUUUGCUUGUCUUUGCUCUAUGUCUUCAUGUAUUUUCUUUUUUGGACAAGUGUCAGCACUCUAGAUUUAUUGCCUUGUAUUUGCAAAUAUGCCAAUGAGAGAACUAAAAUGGCUACAGUGGUGUUUAUCAGAGAGAGAGGGAGUGUGCUUCAGAUUACUUUACUGAGAUCUGAAAGGCUUUUACAUAAAUGCACUGAAAUAAAUGCUAGUAAUUUCUUGUAUUCUCAUUUUUUUUGCUUCUCAUGGAAAUGUUUGUACUUUUUUAUCAUUGUCUUUUAUGAAAUAUAAUGUUCUAAAGA